AUGAGAAUGCGAGUUACUCUGCCCCUGUUGUCCUUGCUAGCGGCGCCUCUGGCUCUCGCCCAGUCCGGAACCACCCUGAUUCCCCUGACGAGCUUCGACUCCCAAGAAGAGUUCGACAAGUACUGGGACUAUCUCUACCCAUGGGGUAGUGACCACAACGGCUCUGCCCGCAUGCGUGAGUCGCAAGUCCGCAUGGAGAACGGCACCAUUACCUUGACAGCCAAGAGGGUGAAUGGAGAACCUCAGGCCACCCAUGGUGGUAAGAAACUUAACAUUCGCUACCUCAGCGGGGCGAUCCACGCUCGCCAGCACUUCACCGUUGUAGCCGGGGGUGGCAUCGACUACCAUGCCGAGCUCAAAGUGAAGACCUACAGAGGAUCUUGGCCUGCUUAUUGGGCCACCUAUACAGAGGGCUGGCCACCCGAGAUCGAUAUCGCUGAGUGUUCGCAGGUCGCGGCUUUGGACGUUACAUAUCCCGAUCCGGAUGAGUUCCAUAAGUUCCGUUGUGAGACGAGAGCAACCGCCAAUGGGCGAGAUGUAUCAGUGAAGUUUUAUAUGGAUGACAAGUUCGUCGCCGAGCAGUUCGGAAAGAACUAUGUUGGUAAAUCAAUGUACCUGAUUAUCAACCUACAGAUGGAAGGCAGUUCAGGGAGUCCCGGCCCGGAACACGACACGGAAUACUCGGCCAGGAACGUCCAAGUCGUUAGCUAUAAUCCUUGA